GCAAUCAUACAAACCCAACUUUCAUUUUCUAAUCUAUAUCUCUCUCUUACAUUCAUCCAAACAUAUUUUCUCAUCUUUGAACGGCGGGGAAUGCUUUCUUUGUUUAUUUUUCUCUCCUUAUUUUCCUGCUUCUGCAGAUCCAGUAUAUAUAUAGUUUAAAGGUUUGAGAUUAUUAAUGUUGAAUCUUAUUUCUUAGCUCCGUCAAAUUAAAAAUGGACGUUGAAUAUCAUGAGGAAUACAUAUAUAAUUCCAGAGGUGUGCAGCUUUUUACUUGCAGAUGGUUACCUUUUUCUUCUCCAAAGGCCCUUGUUUUUCUCUGUCAUGGUUAUGGCAUGGAAUGCAGUAAUUUCAUGAAAGGCUGCGGGACGAGGCUGGCUAUUCAUGGAUAUGCCGUGUUUGGUAUGGAUUAUGAAGGCCAUGGACGGUCCAUGGGUGCUCGUUGUUACAUCAAAAGAUUUGAAAACAUUGUCAAUGAUUGCAGUGACCAUUUCAAGUCCAUUUGUGGGCAGGAAGAAUACAGGGGAAAAAGAAGAUUUUUAUAUGGGGAGUCAAUGGGCGGGGCAGUCUCUCUGUUAAUACACAAAGGAGACCCUGCUUUCUGGCAUGGUGCUGUUCUAGUUGCUCCGAUGUGUAAGAUCUCUGAGAAUGUUAAGCCACACCCUCUGGUUAUUAGUCUUCUAACUCGGGUGGAAGACAUAAUACCUAAAUGGAAGAUAGUUCCUACGAAGGAUGUUAUUGAUUCAGCCUUCAAGGAUCCAAUUAAACGAGAAGAGAUACGUUGCAACAAGUUGAUAUACCAAGAGAAGCCGAGGUUGAAAACAGCUCUCGAAAUGCUCAGAACUAGCAUGAACCUUGAAGACAGUUUGCAAGAGGUGACGCUUCCAUUCUUUGUGUUGCAUGGUGAAGCUGAUACAGUGACGGACCCGGAGGUGAGCAGGGCAUUGUACGAGAGGGCAAGCAGCACAGACAAGACCAUAAAACUAUAUCCCGGGAUGUGGCAUGGUUUGACAUCCGGCGAGCCAGAUAACAACAUCGAGAUUGUCUUCUCCGAUAUUGUAUCAUGGCUUAACAAGCGUUCUUGUGAAGACGUGAAACCAAUUCACCAAUCUAUCCCGGUUACUGAGAAAUUAAAUGUCAUGGAGCUAAACAGGCAAAAGCAGAAUAAAACAAGGUCGCACAUGAAAUACAUCUGUGGCUGGAAGGGCCGUGGUACGUGCCAUCACUCUGCAAUGUAGCGUCCAUUUUUGUGUAUAAGCGCGCAUAUCCUGGAGAAAUAUCGAAAAAUCCCUAAUCAUAGUGAUCACUUUUUUGUUUUCCUGACGAUACUUGGUAACUUAUUUCAUUUGAGGUUGGGAAUGUCUGAUCCUAAAAAAAAGGAUGGUAUAGAAAUAAAUUACAAAAGUUGGGUACGAAAGGUGCAAAUUUUCCAA